AUGAGUGAGAACACCACCGAUAGUGAAUCCGCUAAACAUUCACCCGUUUCUUCAGAGAGUUCUGAAAGUUCAGACAAUGACAAACACAAGAAUAGUUCGAGUGCGAUGAGUGAAGACUCAUCUGAUUCUUCGAGUAGUUCCUCCCAAUCCUCAAAAGAAGUUCAGCCAACUACUAAAGAAAUGUCAGAAGAUUCCUCUUCAAGUGAAGACCCCGAUUCCGAUGAAACAACAAAGAACUUGAAAGAACUUGAAAAAGACGAAGAAAAAGACGAAAAGAAAGAGAUGAGUGAAGGUUCGAGUUCAUACGAACCGCUGCAUGGCCAAUUAGAAACUUCGAAUUCGAGUGAAGAAGAGGAAGAAGAUAAUUUAGGCCAAUUUGAACCGAAAGAAUGGCAACAUGACUUUUUAGAAUUAUUACCAAAACUCUCAAAAGGAGAGAAGGUCGAUCACCCUGUUUUUGAAGGAGAACUUCUCAUUCCGAAAAAAUCUCAAACGAAACAAACGAAACUCGGCGAUUACGUCCGCGAUAGAAUUUUGGAAGUCGAAAAGACUAAUUCGAAAGCAAAUGUCUUCGACGACGAAGACACUCAUCUCGUUAAAGAGACACCCGUGAAAGAAGAAUCGAGACUCCUCUCUGAAUUCCAGAAGAAAGCUAACGAAUUAGAAACCGACUCGGAUGAUUUACUUGAAGUUAAAGAGAAGGCUCCGACGUUCAAUGAGACAGUUCAAGACGAAGUGAAAGAGGAGAAAAGCCGACUGGACCCCGAUACGUUGAGUUUUUGGACGCAAAAGAGCGCCGAUAAAAAUGAGGAAUUUCUGAAAAAAUUUAUUUUGGAAAAAAAAUGGAUGGAACUCGAAGAAAACGAUUCAGAAGAAAAUAAACUAGAAAAAAUAGAUUUGGACGAAGAUCAAAAAGAGAUUGAAAGAGCAGAUGACGAAGAAGCUAAGGAACGACUCGGGAUUGUUUCUUAUGGGAGAAAAAUUAAAGAAACGUUAAGAAAGGAAAGUCAAGCGAGAAGAAAAACUAGAGAACGGUUGAAAGAAAGAAAAGAGGAACAACGAAGAAAAGCGGCUGCUAAAGAAAACGAAAAGAAAAAAGCACAAAAGAAAAAAAUUGAAGAAAAAAUUAAAGAACUGCAAAAAUCUCAAAAAAUCCGAAUUGACGAAAACUUUUUGGAUGAAGAUUUUGAUGAGGAAAAGUUUGACAAAAUGAUGGAAAAUUAUGAUGAAAAUUAUGAUGAAAACGACGCUGAUAUUGAGAAGAUGAGAGAGGAGAUUGCAGACGAAAUGAGAGAAGAAGAUUAUGAUGGUCAGAAUGAACCAGAAGACACCAACGGGCAAAUACCAAAGAAAGUGAAGUUUAAAAAGAACCAAAACGACAACAUCUUUUUAGAACAAUCUGAUGGAAGUAAAAAGAAAGUUGAUGUUGAGAAAAUGAGAGGAAAAGAUAAGAGUCUUGACAAAAUGAUUGAUGAUUAUUAUAAACUUGAAAAUUCCGAGAAGAAUGGAAAUGACAACAUGAGGUUUGAAUACGUCAAUGUGAAUAAAGAUGAUUCCGGCUUAACUGCGAUGGAUAUUUUGACACUUUCUGAUAAGGAACUGAAUCAAAUUAUUGGGUUUAGAAAGCUUGCGACAUACUCUGAUUGGAGACCAAAUAAUACGGAACGACAGAAGGUAAGAGAACUUCAUAGUAAACAAAAAAAACAAAAAGUUGAAAAAAUUGAAAAAGAAAAUGUGGAAGAGAAAAGUGAGAGUAAAUCUCCCCAAAUGAAAGUCGAACAAAAAGAUAAAAACGAGAAAAAGAAAGAAACACAAAAAGAAGAGAAAAAAGAAAAUCUUAAUGUGUCAUCGAAAGAUGAGUGGAAAGAAAAGCAUAAGAAAGGUCCAAGACAGGAGAAGAAACAACUGAAAGCAAAAAAAUGA